CUCUCCUCUCCUCUCCCUCCCCUCGGCCAAUUGCUGGGUCUAACAUCGAUCUCCCUUGCGCCUCCUUUCUCUCUCUCCCGUCGGGCCCAUUUCCUGCCGUAUGUGAUUCGACCACCACAGCUGGGGAUCGCUUCAACCGGCCGAUUCCCUCUCUGUCCUUAUUGAUCCUCCACCCGGCAAACAACGGCCCAGGCAGACAAAUACCGACGGCGUCGCCUGAUCGACCGACUACCUUUCGUAUAUAUAUGCUUGUUGCGCAGGGUUAAAGGCUUGCACGUCGCGCCUUUUCCGCACCGUUUUCGUGGGUCUAGACCGGACCAUCCUUCGGAAUUCCGGUGUCCGCUUGUGGACCAACCGUUCGGUCGAAAUCGAGGAACAUAACGUAGUUUGGGGGCGGACACGAUGCGAGACGGUGGCCUAGGAAAGUUACAAAGAAGGAUGCGGAGGUUUGGCGAUACAUUGAACCCGGACGAUGCAUAUCUAAGCUAUCAUGAUGUUCGAUUAACAAGAGGGGACAUGCAGUCGCUGAAGAAUGACUGGCUCACUGACAAUAUCAUCUCCUUCUGGGAGGAAUAUCUUGAGCAUGAAUUCCUCACUCAAUACAAGUCCUCAAACAUCGUCCUCCUACGGCCGAGUAUGUCGUUCAUGAUCCUUCAAACGCCAAACCCUCAUUCUCUGCGUGAAGCUCUCCCUGACUUCUCGCGUACCACGCACGUGUUCCUCCCCAUCAACGAUUGUCGCAAUGUGACCGAAGCCGAGGGAGGCACGCAUUGGUCGUUGCUAUUGAUCUCGAUUGUGGACGGGAUAGCAUUUCACUAUGAUUCACUUCCGCCAGGUAACUUCUGGGAGGCGCGGACAGUGACGAUGAAAUUCGGGGCUCUACUGGGCCGACCGAUACGAUACGUCCAUUUGGAGGACUCGCCUGUGCAGGAGAAUGGCAGCGACUGCGGUGUUUUUGUGUGCUUGAGCAUGCGUCAUCUGCUGCUGAAGCGACUGCUCACAGCCAACGCCAACGAGAAAGUCAGCAUGAGUCUUGGCGGGCGGAAAGUUGAUGCUCGUUCGGGGCGGAAGGAAAUCGCCAAGAUUAUUGAAGGCUUUCGCAAGGAGGGCGAACGGCGGAGAUCAGCCAGCUUAAGCCCGCUGGGCAAGAAAUCGACCAGUCCUCCGCGGAUCGAAUAAUAUCAUCAUCCGACAAGUUGGCGGCGUCAGAAGGUUUGUACAUUGCAGUUGAUACCAGGUCAUGAUAUGCAUACGCCAGGUCGUACUGGCCCUAAGCUUUGGCUACAUUUGCUUUGGUUCUUUGAUUCCUUGGUUGCUUGCUUAUAAUUAUCGUUGGUGCUCAUUGGUUACUGUGAGGGCAUUUUUAUGGGCUAAUGAGUGAUGCCAGGCAUUCUUUCUGUCUUGCAUUCAGCACUGUUGAUUGGUUUCGGAGAUUCAUAUUUUUAUGCUGGCUUGGACUAGCCUGUACUUAAUUAUUUGUCGGACAUAUAGGUGUGGAAUACAUCCACUCUUCAUGGUUAUA